CCCUUGUUUGAACCGAGAGGACAAGGAAACUAAAAUUACAUUUUAUUUUAAAAAGCAACCAUUUUGGCCGCGUUAAGGCGUCUUUUUAACGCAGAGGCGUCCAUGAUGAUGGAAAUGGAGGUGAUGCAUUCCGGACAACAGGACACGGACCUGAUCGACAUUCUGUGGAGGCAGGACAUCGAUCUGGGGGCCCAGCGCGAAGUCUUCGACUACAGCCACCGCCAGAAGGAGCACGAGCUGCGGAGGCAGCAGGAGCUGGCGGAGGAGAAGCGGCUGCAACUCCUCCGUGAGCAGGAGAAGGCUCUUCUGGCGCGGCUACAGCUGGACGAGGAAACGGGCGAAUACGUGCCGCGGCAGCUGCCCAAUGCCCCGCUGCAGUCGGCCGUCACGCCCCCAGAGGCUGCACAGGAUGUCAGCUUCACGCAGCAGCGUGCCGAGCCGUUGUCAUUUGACGAAUGCUUGCAGCUCCUCGCAGAGACGUUUCCCCUUGAGGAAAAUGAGGAUGCGCCUAUUUGCCUGGACUCGAGUGGCGCCUCCGUAUCCGGUAGCCGCAGCAGCAGCGUUGCCAUGAUGUCCCCCGAGCAGCCAUCUUUGGCCCCGCUUACGAUUUCACCAGAUGCCCUGACUACAUCGCUGGCACAGAAGAGCUCGCUGGAUAUUGAACAGGCCUGGAUGGAGCUCCUGUCACUGCCUGAGCUGCAGCAAUGUCUUAGCCAGCAAUUGGAAGAAGACCCACUGAAAACUGCGGCAUAUCCACUUCCAAACAAACCCGAAGCACAGGAUCCAAACUACUCGUUUUAUCCAAUUUCCAGUCCAGUCCAAGAGAAAAACAAUUUAAAUAUGUGUCCUUCAGCUUUUAUGAAUACAUUUGAUGGCUCAGUUCCCAGUGUGACACCAGCAGACAACGGGAACGAAAUAAAGCCAGAAGUGCCCGAGUUAAACACUCAUUUCAACCUUAAUAGCUAUUGCAACACAUUUUACCCAGAAACUAUGUUGGAAGAGAGCGGCACUCAACAAGACCUUGAGGGAAACGAAACUAAUAUGUCCGAUGUCCUGAACUUGUACAGCCUCUCACCCGGUGACACAUUUGAGCAGGGCAGACACAAUUUGUCUGCAGAAGUGCCCGACUUAGACUCUGGACUAGGCUCAAGUCCCCACUCUUGCUCACCUGCGAAAUCCCUAUACGGAGAAGAGUGUUUUGACGGCAGCGAUUCCGACAUGGAAGAGAUGGACCAGAACCCUGGCAGUGCAAAAUCGGACUACUCAGAGAUGUUCUCUUUAAAUUUUCAACCCAAUGACCUCCAGCAAGCGUUUCCUCUGACCACAUUGGUGGGCCAGAUUCAAACCCAGGAUGAUGAGACCAAACAAGAACCGUCAGAUUCGGCCGAGGACAGCGGCCACAGCUCCUCGCCGUUCACCAAAGAUAAGCGCAAAAGAAGGUCGGAUUUGCGUCUCUGCAGAGACCAGCAGAGGGCCAACGCCCUCAAGAUCCCCUUCAGCAUCGACAUGAUCAUUAAUCUGCCCGUGGACGACUACAACGAGCUCAUCUCCAAGAACCAACUGAACGAGUCUCAGAUGGCCCUUGUCCGCGACAUCAGACGCAGAGGAAAGAACAAAGUGGCAGCUCAGAACUGCCGCAAGCGUAAGAUGGAGAGCAUCGUGGGGCUGGAGAACGACCUGGACUCCCUGAAGGAGGAAAAAGACCGUCUGCUGGGCGAGAAGUCUCGCAACGCCAGCAGCCUGAAAGAGAUGAAGAGGAAGCUGAACAGCCUCUACCUGGAGGUAUUUAGCAUGCUGCGGGACGAGGACGGGAACAGCAUCUCCCCGUCCGACUUCUCACUACAGCAGUCGACCGAAGGCAGCGUCUUUCUCGUUCCACGCACUAAAAAGACUUUGAUCAAGAGUUAAAACUAGUCCCCUAUCUGUCGAGUGAGGUACUGCAGUCGUACAGUCGCACCAGUCAAUGGCUUUCAGCUUUAUACAUGAGUAGCUCCACAGAACUAUUGUAUAGUUUAUGGUUCUUCUUGGUUGUUGUAAUGUAACAUUUUUGAUAUUUUAUCUCUUUUGUACUCUACCUUCAUAUACAACGUGAUGAUUUGUAAAUAUAGAUAUGAUAUAAAUCAAAAGUUCAUAAAUAAAAGUUUAUUACAACUGUUACUGUAUGUGUAAAUAUUCAUAUUGUAUAGACAUUGUUUCUGUAUGCUAACUAAAUGAAAGAUUUGUAAAGAGACCCUCUGAUUUGCUGCGCAAGUUAUGCUUUUCAAUAAAUCAUUCUAAUGCUA